AUGUCAUUGGAGUCAGUAACGGGUAUUUCCCGUUCUAAUUUUGUUUUCAAAAAUUGGGCCGGCAUUUAUUCGUGUAAACCACAACUAUACUUUCAGCCUAAUUCCAUCGAUGAAGUAGUUGACAUCGUAAAAGCUGCUAUAGAACAGGGAAAGACAAUUGUCACCGUUGGCUCUGGGCAUUCGCCUAGUGACAUGUGUAUUACUGAUCAAUGGUUGAUGAACUUGGAUAAUUUGAAUAGGGUCAUUCAUUUUGAAGAAAACGAAAAGGGUUUAUAUGCGGACGUGACCGUUGAAGCUGGUUUAAGAGUUUAUCAACUAAGUGAGAUCCUUUCUGAAAGGGGAUAUGCUAUUCAGAAUUUAGGUUCAAUUUCAGAACAGAGUGUUGCUGGUAUUAUUUCUACCGGUACCCACGGUUCUUCUCCAUACCACGGUUUAGUUUCCUCCCAGUAUGUUAAUUUGACCAUUGUUAAUGGUAAGGGUGAAGUAGUGUUUUUGGAUUCUGAACACGAACCAGAAGUAUUUAGAGCUGCAUGCUUAUCUUUGGGUAAAAUUGGUAUCAUAGUUAAGGCUACAAUUAGAGCUAUUCCUGCGUUUAACAUUAAAUCGACGCAGGAAGUGAUCAACUUCGAAACACUAUUGAACAACUGGGAAACCAUUUGGACGUCUAGUGAAUUCAUUAGAUGUUGGUGGUAUCCAUACACUAGGAAGGUUAUUUUAUGGAGGGGGUCUAAGACAGAAGAACCUCUGACUGCACCAAGAAAAUCAUGGUGGGGUAGCACAUUAGGCCGUUUCCUUUAUGAGUCUUUGAUUUGGUUGAGUGUCAAGAUAUACCCAGGUUUGACACCAUAUGUCGAGUCUUUUGUUUUCCACCAACAGUACGGUAGAGUCGAAACUUAUGGUAGUGGUGACAUUGCAGUACAAAGUUCUAUCGACGGUUUGAAUAUGGACUGUCUAUUUUCCCAAUUUGUCGAUGAAUGGGGCUGUCCUCUAAACAAUGGUCCAGAAGUUCUACGUUCUUUAGAUCAUUCAAUUACCCAAGCCGCUCAAAACAAGGAGUUUUUCGUACAUGUGCCAGUUGAAGUUCGUUGUUCAAACACAACUCUUCCAUCUUCAGAACCUGAUUAUUCCAAUAGAACUGAGACAUCUGCUGGUCCAGUCUUUGGUAACAUCUUAAGACCUUUCCUUGAUUCCACUCCUCGUCAUUUAAGAUACGCUCCACUGUCUGAUGUCACCAAUUCCCAACUAACCUUGUACAUUAAUGCAACAAUUUAUAGGCCAUUCGGCUGCAAUGCUCCAAUACACAAAUGGUUUACUCUUUUCGAGGACACCAUGGGUGCCGCCGGUGGUAAGCCUCACUGGGCAAAGAAUUUCUUAGGUUCCACUUCUAUGGCUGCUGGUAAGGUCAAGGAUGAAACGGAAUACCUUGACUAUGAAAUGAGAGGUAUGGCUACAAAGAUUAAGGAAUGGUACGGCGAAGAUCUACUGAAAUUCCGUGAAGUUAGAGAGCAACAAGAUCCUCACAACAUCUUUUUAGCAAACAAGGAAUGGGCUAUUCGUAAUGGUAUCGUCGAUAUCGAAUAG